GAUCACCCUUCCAUUGCCAAGUUUCCUUGCCUCCUUGAAGAAACACAGGAAGGAGAAGCACGCACGCAUGGCGAAGGCGACCAUGCAGCUUGCGCUGCUGGCCGUGGUGCUGGUUGGCCUCGUGCUGGCGGGCCAGGACGCCGACGGGGCACGGAUCACGCCGAGCGCCGGCGUUAUCAGCUACUCCGGUCUCCCCCGCGGGAACCGCGUCAACUUCUCCGACGAGGCCGCCGCCAGACCUCCUGGAGAGGCCAAUCGUUACACGCGUGGCUGCAGCAAGAUCGCCGGUUGCCGCGGCUGAUGCGUGCGUCGUGUGCUUAACUGCCUGUGUUUCUCUUACAAUUAUAUAUGUGUGCAAUUCGUUGUAAACUUGGAGCAAUUUCACAUAAAAGCUAAUUACAGUUUCCUUUUUUGUGAUAAAAA